AUGUCCGGAAUUAAUCUGGGUCUUGAACGAGUUGGUCGACUCAUGCAAUUGCUACCACAGUAUACUCGACCCACUAUUCAUGUUGCAGGUACAAACGGCAAAGGAAGUGUAACGACUAUGAUCGAGUCGGUUUUGCGCGAAGCUGGAUUCUCUACGGGUCGAUUCAACAGCCCUCACCUGGUCAACGUUUGGGACUCCAUAGCUUUUAAUGCAAAACCGAUAUCGGAGGUACAAUACACAUCCACUAGGCGACAAAUCCAAGCUCUAGACAGUGAGCAUAGGAUCGGAGCCAGUAACUUUGAACAACACACAAUCUCCGCAUUGACUCUUUUUCAGAAGGAAAACGUGGAUGUCGUCGUCCUCGAAGUUGGUAUGGGAGGUCUCACCGAUGCUACAAACAUCGUUCCCGAUGAAGCAAUCGCUGUCAGCGCUAUUACAAGUGUAGAUUACGAUCACCAAGGAUUUCUAGGCAACACAAUAUCAGAAAUCGCUGCGCAUAAGGCUGGAAUCGUCAGACCCAACAGGGUUUGCAUAGUGGGUCCUCAGGCAUGGGCAGAAGCAGAGCGUACGAUUCAAGAAUGCAUACGUGCCAUUGAAGCACAUUCCAUUUCGGCACCCCGCGCUACUUUGCGUCAGUGGGAUUCUGGUGAAGAUGGACCUCCUCCUCCAGCCUUUUCUGUUUCUCCAUUCUAUCCUCCGCCGCCAAGACCGUGCUCUGUUCGACUUCCUGUGCGCGGCGACACACUCUCAGCUCUGGUCUCGCUUCAUGGCGAACAUCAACUCGAGAACAUUUCCACCGCCGUAUCGGCACUUGAUGCACUACGAGGUCACGCUUCUUGUACAUCUCAAUUUCCCGAGGCCCGAUUUUCGCGCAUCAGCGACCAGCAUAUCAAAGAUGGACUACUGCGAGCACGUUGGCCAGGACGGCUUAGCUGGCAUACCAUCUCCUCACCCAUAUCGAACAAAGAACUCGUCGUAUUGGUUGACGGAGCUCACAACGCCGCAUCGGCUACAGCCCUAUCCGCAUACAUCGACUCCCUCAAUUCUCCUCCCAGACCUAUUUUUAUUCUAGCACUAUCACACUCGCCAGCCAAGCCACCCACGACCACACUUGCGCCCCUUCUCCGGUCCGGGGAUCGUGUUAUACUAACAGGCUUCUCUCCCGUUCAAGAUAUGCCCUGGGUUAACCCUGUCGAAUCACGAGAGAUUACGGCUGCAGCUGAAAAUCUCGUUGGGCCAAGCGGCCAGGCUCACACGGCCGCCGAUUUACAGUCAGGCUUGGCAAUGGCCAGCGAGCUAGCCGGCGGUAGUGAAGAUUUUAUAGUCAUCGCGGGAAGUUUGUAUCUGAUUGCCGAUUUCUACCGAGUGGGGAAUUUAUCAUAA